AUCUAAUAUGAAUGGAUCAUGCAUGAUGCAUCUAAAACUUAGGCGAACAAGCCCCUUUGUCACAUUUAUAUAUAGUAGCACGAAUGAUUAUUAACUCAACAGUUUAAAGUUGAUAAAAUAAAUAAGACCCAAAAAAUGUGGAGACUGAAACUGUCUAAAGGUGAUGAUGAUCCAUGGCUAACAAGCUUCAACAAUCACACUGGAAGACAGUUUUGGGAAUUCGACCCGACCCUCGGAAGAGACGACCAAGAGCAACUACUGGUCGACAAGGCUCGUAGCGACUUUGUGAAAAGCCGCUACGAGCUCAAACACAGUUCUGAUCUCCUAAUGCGGAUUCAGUUUGCAAAGAAGAAGAAGGCUAGUGAGGUGGAUGUGCCGGUGCAGGUGAAGAUAGGAAAGGGAGAAGAAGUGAGUGAGGAAAGUGUGGUGACGACGUUGCAACGGGCGCUGAGAUUCUACUCCACUCUUCAGGCUGAGGAUGGUCAUUGGCCUGGUGAUUAUGCUGGCCCUUUGUUUCUCCUGCCAUUCUUGGUUAUAUCUUUAUUUAUAAUGGAAGCUCUAAACACCAUCCUCCCAGAGGAACACAGGAAAGAGAUACGCCGUUAUCUUUACAACCAUCAGAAUGUUGAUGGAGGGUGGGGACUGCAUAUAGAAGGGCGGAGCGGCAUGUUCUGCACAGCUCUCAAUUACGUAACUCUGAGGCUGAUCGGAGAAGGAAUGGACGGCGGAGAUGGAGCGGUGAGCAAGGCCAGGACAUGGAUUCUUGAUCACGGUGGUGCUACUUACAUUCCCUCCUGGGGAAAGUGUUUUCUCUCGGUACUUGGUGUGUAUGAAUGGGAUGGGAACAAUCCAAUGCCUCCAGAGCUGUGGCUUCUUCCUUAUUUUCUCCCAAUGCAUCCAGGGCGUAUGUGGAGUCACUGCCGGAUGGUGUACCUGCCGAUGUCGUAUCUCUAUGGGAAGAGAUUUGUAGGGCCAAUCAAUGGCCUUGUUUUAUCACUAAGGAAGGAGCUCUAUGCUCAACCCUACCACCAGAUUGACUGGAAUUCAGCCAGAUUCCAAUGCUGCAAGGAUGAUAUGUACUCCCCACAUCCACUCAUGCAAGACCUUCUCUGGAAAUGUCUCAACACUUUUGCAGAACCUCUUCUUAUGAAGUGGCCUCUCUCCAAGUUCAGGCAUAGAGCGCUACGCUCUGUUAUGCAACACAUCCAACACGAAGACGAGACCACUAAUUACCUAUGCAUUGGACCGGUGAACAAGGUGCUAAACAUGCUAUGUCGGUGGAUAGAAACUCCUAAUUCAUUGGCAGUGAAACGCCACCUUUCAAGAAUAAAGGACUAUCUGUGGGUGGCUGAAGAUGGCAUGAAAAUGCAGGGAUACAAUGGCAGUCAGUUUUGGGAUUGUGUUUUGGCAGUCCAAGCAAUAAUCAAAACCAAUCUUCCUUGUGAAUAUGGAGUGAUGCUUCAAAGGGCUCACCACUUCAUCAAAUCUUCGCAAGUGAGAAACGAAAGUUGCGUAGAUUGGAGUUCUUGGUAUCGCCAUAGCUCUAAAGGCGGCUGGCCCUUUUCGACUACAGACAAUGGCUGGCCAGUAUCAGAUUGUACAGCAGAAGGUCUCAAGGCAGCCCUUAUGCUGUCACAGCUCCCCGCAGAGAUAGGCGGAGAAGCAAUAGAAGUGGAGAAGCUCUAUGACGCUGUCGACCUAAUCUUAUCCCUUCAGAAUAGUAGUGGAGGCUUUGCAUCGUACGAGCUCACCAGAUCCCCUCAUUGGUUAGAGAUGAUCAAUCCUGCAGAAACAUUCGGUGACAUCAUUAUCGACUACCAGUAUGUGGAAUGCACAUCUGCAGCAAUCCAAGGUCUGAAACUAUUCAACAAGAUGCAUGGAGAAUAUCGAGCAAACGACAUCGAAUCAUGCAUACACAAAGCUCUCGACUUCAUUGAGAGCAUACAGUUAGCUGAUGGCUCAUGGUAUGGAUCUUGGGGUGUAUGCUACACCUACGGUACGUGGUUCGGAAUAACGGGACUAGUAGCAGGCGGCAAGACCUAUGAGAACAGCUCCUCUCUCAGAAAAGCUUCUCAUUUUUUACUGUCCAACCAACUUACCUCCGGUGGCUGGGGAGAAAGCUACCUUUCAAGCCAAAACAUGAUGUACACAAACAUUGGCAAGAACAAAUCCCAUAUGGUAAACACUGGAUGGGCUUUGUUGGCACUUAUUGAAGCAGGGCAAGCAAAUAGGGAGCGGGGUCCGCUUCAUCGUGCAGCUAGAGUGCUGGUUAAUUCGCAGAUGGCGAAUGGAGAUUUCCCACAACAGGAAAUAAGCGGUGUGUUCAAUAAAAACUGCAUGAUAAGCUAUUCAGCUUACAGAAAUAUUUUCCCAAUAUGGGCGCUUGGAGCUUAUCUCAACAACGUGCUGCGACCAUCGAGGGACUAAAGUCUGAAUAUUAAUUCAUCUGCUCAUCUCUUUUCUUUUCUAGAAAAUAGAAAUUAAAGCAAUUGUAUAUGUUAUGUAGGCAUAGGCGCGAUUCUCACUCCAAAUUUCAAAUUGUCUUAUUUUUCGUACAACUACAACGCUUUCUUCGGGAAUCAAUAUGUACAAAAUAAAAUGCACAAGCCGAGUACAGCCGUAUGCGUUCACUAUUGAAAUGGUGACGCCACAUGGUAUACAAUAUAACGACUAAAUUUGAGUAUUGUUUA